ACUAUAAUGAAAAAGUUGCAGUGCAUUGAAAUAGACACUGAAUGAUAUUUAAUGUCAAAUGUUUGUAAAGUAGCCUAAUUUAGCCUACACCCAUAUGACAGAAUCCAGGACCCAUCAAACAAGAUGAACUGGGCUGAGGACUUCAUCUUAAAGUUCCAGCAGGAGGAGCGAUGUUUGGAGCAGUAUGUGGAGGAGUUUCUGAGCGUUUUACAUCUGGUCACUGCAGCCACCCAGAUCCAGUCCGUAUCCAGAUCAGAUGGUGGAUUGGCACCUAGAGAUGACCUCUACAGCCCUGAACGUCAGCGGAGAUCAGGACAACUAGAUGAACCCCAGAGACAGAUCCCCAGUGAAGAACUUGUCACCGAGACGGCCAUCGGGACAAGACCACGGGAACCAAAUGAGUCCUCUACACAAUCUGACAUGGCUGCGGUUGGAAUUGAACUGCUGUUUCGUCUGGUCAGAGGAGAACUGGCCCCCGACUGAGCCUGGUUUCUCCCAAGGUUUUUUCUCCAUUCUGUCACCGAUGGAGUUUUGGUUCCUUGCUGCUGUUGCCUCUGGCUUGCUUAGUUGGGGACACUUCAUUUCUAGCGAUUAUCGUCGACUUGAUUGCACAGAUACUAUUUAAAAAACUGAGUUGGACGAUGACAUCAUUGAAUUCAAUAAUGAAAUGCCUUUAACUGAAAAUUGAGUGUUUAAUCUUGU